CUCAGCUUGUCGCCUGCAGGUUGCGAUGGAGAAAUGGGUCUGAACCAUCACCGCUCUUUAUACCGGCUUGCUUGCAAACGGGCUUGGCUUUCCAAUUGCCGCCUCUCCGACCAGCUCCGGAAUAAUGAGGCGAGUUUGCGUUGGAGGGUCAAAUCCAUCGUGAUCGGUGCACUACUAAAGUGAGGCGCCAAGCGCACGCAAGACCGCCGGCAGUCAAGCCCCUUUAUUCGUGCGCGGCCUUGGAUAAUGAUCCAGCCACAUUGUCUGCUCCCCCUCCGUUUUGGUCGACUGCUUCCCUCCGUGUAUCCACCCCCUGGCACCUCUUUUAAGAUUCUACCCUUCAGCAGUCUCCGAGCUUAAAUAAUAAUCUUACGAUGUCGAUCGAUGGUUCCAUCCCACAAAGUACAUACGGAGCGGUCGGAGUCAAUAGUCCAUUCUUCAUCCCGCGUGUGAGCCCACUUGCAGGGGGGGGGGAAGCCCGGCCGGAUUCUGAUAUUGAGGUUAAGACUGGGGAGGUGUGGUCCAGGGCUGUCGCUGACUCGGGUUGGCCUACCGAUGCCACCACGCGUGUGUGAGAUCCACUCCGACCGAGACUCUUGAGUGGGUUUCUCUAUCUAUCAAUCUGCUAGGGGCGGGUGGAUCGGUUAACAUCCCCCAUGUCCCACCCUAAGGGAGAAAGUGUGGAAAACAAUGGAGGCAAGAAACCAUGAUCACGGCUCUUGGUUUAACCACUUCCCCUCUAGCACCACCCCUGUUGCCCCUACAACGGGAGACGGCAAUGGUGAAGGAAUAGGGGUCUGUAGCGCAAUCUUUCCGUCGGCGGUCACCGAAAGGAAUACUCUAUCGCAGUUCUUGAAUGUCGGUGGACCAAAACGGAAUUCAGUCGGAAACUAUCAUUGUCAAUCCCAGACACGAUAGAACGAAGUAGGUGAUGAGUCCUACGACCGGGCUUUAAGGUUUCAAUGGAGCAUUUUCCAGUGAUUUGAUCGCAAACAGACCAACGGAAGAAUCUUCUUCGGAGAGGCAGCAUCACUGUACAGUAGGGGCCCUAGAGGCG